AACGGCUUGUUGGGUGAGACGGUAACGGCGAGACCGGUCAUUCGGAGGAGCCGGAAAACCAGCAAGCGAACAAGGUAAAUAUUCCGUCCGUUGUGUCACAUGGCGCGCGACUCCGUGUCUGUACUGGAUAAAUGCAAGCUACCGAUACUGUCUCUUGCAUGUGGGGGCUGGCGUCAUGGAGAGUCGGAACGCAGCCCUGCCGGAGUUACAGGCUUGAGUUCAGCAGCGUGCUGUGACCCUGAUACUACGCCACGGCAACUGGAAGCAACACAUCGAUAUCUUUCCCUGGCGGUUGUACCAUUGGCUAUCAGUGGAGACGCUGACUGGUGGGGUAGACGGGGUCCGGGCUCCCCGUCGCCUCGUGGCGCUGGCGAACCCUACAAGGGCUUGGCGAGACUCGUGGAGAAAAGGUGUUCCCCGUGGGUGGGAAGUCCGAAGUGGCUGACUCGACCUUUCAUGCGGACCGUUGGCUGGAUCCCUUCCCUCGUCAGACACAUUCUGUCCGACGUUGGCAAAUGUCGCCAUUGUUCGACUCACUCCCCUGCCGUGCCAACAGCUUACCUACCCCAGCCUGCGCCGCACGUCUGCCGCCUAAUCUUUAUGCCGUGCUUCGGCAGAGGCCGGACGAGAGGCACGCCAGCGGCUUCUCGUUGAGGGACGCUAAUGCAGGCCAACGCAAUUCCCCUGCAAUAUCCCAAGCCCAGGCCGAUAAACGAUUUCGAUGAUUUGGGAUGGGGCGAGCAACCGAGCUCCAAUGACAGGCAUUCCAGCCCAGGGUUGUCGGAGAAAAAGCCAAGCUUGGGACUUCUGCAAUUGUCAGUUUUUCC